AAUAAAGGAAAGUAGCGACAUCUUAUCUCUAGAAAAAAACCCAAAAGAGGGAAAAGCAACGAACUGUAAAACCCCAAAUUCAAGCGGCAGAGGCGCGCCACUUCCACUCUCACAGUCUCAGCAUAAACCCUAAAUUCCCAAAUCCAACUUUCCACAGCAGAAGCAUGAUUCUCCAACCCACUGCUCAAAUUCUUCCCCCUAAUUAUCACCAGAAGAAUUCUAACCAUUUGCAGAUUUCAACUUCGCUCUCAUUGUCGUCUGGGCUUCUGCAAAAUUCCACUUAUUUUCUCAAGCAAUCCAGUUUACCGGCGGCCUCUAAAACCCACAACAAUCCGGCAUUUGUCACUUGCUCGUCGAUACCGCAGCCUUACAGCUAUGGAACUGUUGAUUAUGAGAAGAGGCCGAUGCUGAAAUGGAACGCUAUACAUAAGAAAAUAUCGUCGUUGGAAAACUCGAAUUUGGAUGGGGGCGCUGCUUCUGUGUUGAAUCAGGCCGAGAAUGAGGGCAAGAGGCUUUCCAAAUGGGAGCUCUCCAGAGUUGUCAAGGAGCUCAGGAAGUUCAGGCGCUUCAAAUUGGCUCUUGAGGUUUAUGAUUGGAUGAAUAAUAGAGCAGAAAGAUUCCGAAUAACCACGAGCGACACUGCUAUUCAGCUAGAUUUGAUUGCUAAAGUGCAUGGGAUUUCAAGUGCUGAGCAAUAUUUUCAGAAGCUUCCAGAUGGUUUGAAAGAUAAGAGAAUAUAUGGGUCCCUUUUGAAUGCUUAUGUCCGUGCUAGAAUGAGAGAAGAAGCUGAAUCUCUGAUGAAUAAAAUUAAGAAUAGAGGAUACGCUAGUCAUCCACUUCCAUAUAAUGUUAUGAUGACGCUCUAUAUGAGUCUUAAGGAAUACGAAAAGAUUGAGCCACUGAUAUCUGAAAUGAAGGAGAAGAGCAUAGCGUUAGAUCUUUACACAUACAACAUUUGGCUGUCAUCCUGUGGAUCUGAGGGAUCCCUAGAGAAAAUGGAACAAGUUUUUAACCGUAUGCAGCUGGACACCACCGUCAAUCCCAAUUGGACUACUUAUAGCACAAUGGCUACGAUGUAUAUCAAGUUUGGGCAGCUCGAGAAGGCUGUAGACAGUUUGAGGAAGAUUGAAAGUAGAAUGACAGGUCGGGAUCGUAUGCCGUAUCAUUAUCUUAUCAGUCUAUAUGGGAGUGCUGGUAAGAAAGAGGAUGUUUAUCGAGUGUGGAACAGCUACAAGGCAUCAUUUGUCAAUAUUCCAAAUGUGGGCUACCAUACUAUGAUCUCUGCUCUGCUCAGAAUGGACGAUCUUGAGGGUGCUGAGGAGUUGUAUGACGAAUGGCUCAGACUGAGAUCAGUCUAUGACCCACGAGUGGGAAAUCUGAUUUUGAGUUCAUAUGUCAGAAAAGGGCUUUUUCAGAAGGCAGAUACCUUCUUCGACCAGAUAAUUGAGGCGGGGGGAAAGCCUAAUUCAAUGACUUGGGAAAUCCUUUCAGAAAUCCACAUCCAUAAUUCGAGGAUUCACGAGGCCUUAUCUUGCUUUCAGAAUGCUGCUUCAACUGAAGGCUCGAAGAACUGGAGGCCAAAACUGACCAAUGUCUCAGCCAUUCUUGAUUUUUCGGAGCAAAAUGGCGACAUUGCAAUGAAGAAUGCCUUAAUAGAGGUCCUGAGACAAGUAGGCUCCCUUGAAGAUAAAGACUAUAUGUCGAGUUUACCCGCCCUGCGUGAACUGACGAUUACUGACAGCGCCGCCGCAAUAGAGGAUAGAGCAGAUAGUCAUGGAGAUGAAGAUGCAGAUUUUGUGCUUCUAAACCAACUGCAAGAGAGCUUGUGAGGAUCCCUCUCUUAAAUUUUCCAAAAUAGUUUGCAAUGCACAAGGGAGGUACGGCCUUACUGAAAUUAUGUUUUGGUAAAUUUUCUGUAGUAAAUAAUUGGUUUUUAAAUUUGUAAUAGCUACUGCUUCUUGGGUUAUCAAGAGUGAAUUUUGGAUUUCCUCGCAGUAUUUUAACUUAGUAAUUGAAGUUGUGGUGAAA